GGAUUACUCACUAUUAUACGUAAACAGCGAUAUAAAUCACGUGAAAUGCGCUUCCUAUUCCUAGGAUUAGACAACGCUGGUAAGACGACAAUAAUGAAGCGAAUAAAUGGCGAGGAUAUCAAAUCAAUUUCACCAACUUUGGGUUUUAAUAUCAAAACAUUCGUACAUAGAGGCUACACACUCAACGUUUGGGAUGUUGGUGGCCAGCGCACGCUUAGACCCUAUUGGCGCAACUACUUUGAGCAGAAUGACGGUAUUGUCUGGGUUGUUGACUCUUCCGAUCGGCUUCGUAUGGAGGAUUGCCGUGCUGAAUUGUUUGAUCUACUCAGUGAGGAUAGACUCGCUGGUGCGACCGUCCUCAUCUUCGCAAACAAACAGGAUGUAAAUGGUGCCAUGACUCAAGAUGAAAUAAAAGAUACCCUUCAAUUAGAUAGCAUCAAGACACACACUUGGAAGAUACAAUCCUGUAGUGCAGUAACUGGAGAGCACCUCCUUGAAGGGCUCGACUGGGCUGUUGCUGACUGCUCAAAGAGGCUGUAUUACAGUUCAGAGCCAGACUUUACGACAAAGAAGGAUCUACCAAAACUUUUCAACGAUGAAGGCUCUGAAUAAUAAAAUUGCAUGCAUUUUCUAUAGAUAUUACCUCUUUGGAGCUGGCUCUUCGCCUGAUCUGAGCAAACCGCGUACUCGCUUGCCAUGCUGAACCCUUGGGCCCCAUCCUCUGAAUUCCUUCUUUGGCGAUGGCUCGUGUGCAAAAGACUCUGGAUAUUGACCCUGUCUGAACUUUUCCAAGCACCAUAGGAGGUAUUUCCUAUCUUGUGGUGUCAUUCCAAUUCUCUCAAAGUCACGACUACUACUGCUAAACAGCUGAUUCCAAUCUUCUAUUUUGCAUUUCUCUUGUAGAGACCUCCCAAAUGAGCUUAAAAGGGUGGUAGUGUCUGUGAAUUUACCUCUAGGCUCUACGACUUGUCUAGAAGCGUUUGCUUUUAUAGACGUUGAGAAAUUUCUUAUUAAGAUGCUCGUCCUGUUAACUCUUGGGCACAGCAUAGGAUGAUCGUUGAUUAGAAACUACGAAGAAUG